AUGCUGCUCAAAUGUGCAUUGUCGUUAUGCUUUAUUAGGACAAUAUUGUCUUUACAAGCUGAUUCCCCUGGCAUACCCAGAAUCUACAAUGAAGUAGGUGACGAGAUCACCAAGGGGCAUGUGGGACCUCUUAGUCUUGGAUCAGAUCUCACUUUGAUAUGUGAGGUUGAUGACAAUCAGCCUGACACAUUAGUUUAUUGGCGUCGUAACGGCGUCGUGAUAGAGCGUGCUCACGUCGUGCGUCCGGGCGUGCUGCGUGCUGAGGUGCACGUGCGAAACGUGACACGUGCUGAAUUAGACGCGCACUACGAGUGUUUGGCGCAGAAUGCUGACGUCACAGAGCCUUUGACCGCCAGCGUGGUUGUUAAGAUGUAUUUGGCUCCACUCAGCGUCGAGAUACGCCUGAACAACAAUUUUGACUUCGAAGCUGGGCAGCCUCGCGUGGUUGACUGCGUGGUUGUGGGGUGUAUGCCACCGCCGUCGGUGACCUGGCACCUUGGGGACACUAUGUUGAGGCCCAAUGUGCACAAGGAACUUCAUGAUGGAAACUACACAGUAUCGUCGCUGACACUAGCGCCAUCUCUACGUGACAGCAAGCACGAGCUCGUCUAUCGUCCAACGUGUCUCACGACUCGAGAGGAGACUAUCGGAGCUGUGCGCCGAGAAGCUGAGACAGUGACGUGCAUGGUGGAUGCGUCUCCAGAACCGCUGCAGUUCAGCUGGACUUUUGCUGACUCUAAAACUUUAUACACAAGCGUUACAAAAGUUGCCGGCCACCGUCAUCGUUACUCUUCAACCUUGACCUGGCUAUCCCGCGAUGGAGAUAUUGGACUCCUCCUCUGCAGAGCCACUAAUGCCUUCGGAGAACAGAAACGACCCUGCAGCUACACCAUCUCACCUGGAGGCCCUCCGAUAACUCCUGACUGUGUGGUGCUCAGAUCUUACCCAAGUGCUUUGAGAGUGCAAUGUAAAAAAGCUUGGGAUGGCGGCCGACCACAAAUAGUUCACCUAGAAAUACUUGACGAGGAAGGCACUGUUCUCCACAAUGUCUCCGAUACUGCUGGCCACUUCCAUCUACCUGAUGUUGAAGAAGAGAGAAAUUUAACUGCAGUGGUGUACGCGAGUAGUUCCAGGGGCAGAAGUGAGGCGAAGAUUAUUCAUUUACAGACUAUGAAGCCGUUAACAGCGUCAGCAGUAACAGAGAAUGCUCCAACUCGUUCUUGGAUGCGGUGGCUAGAGGCAGCUGCGGGGGUGGUAGCAGUAGCAGUGGCAAUUGCAGCCACUGCAAUAUGCAUUAAAGCACUGAAGUCCAGGCGAGAUAACGCCGAGCUGAACCCUGAUCUCGUCCCCAGAUCCGAUGGAUCUUUUCAUCGUGAACCAGAUUUCGCUCGUGAGGAGCGAGUCCUUGGCACUACAAAUAUCACUGUCAAUCAAUUAGCGUCUUGCCAAAAUCAAUAUUCCUCGUCACCGGUGCCGUCAUGUCGUGUGUUAGUCGGCUGCGGAGCGCACUCACCUCCGCUGGACUCUUGUCCCACAAGCCAGCACUCCUACUAUGUUUAG